AUGGACAGCAUUAGAAACGAGACGAUCAACGACUUCUACGACACCCUCGUCGAUCUCAACGCGAAGAUACCGAAUUUAGCCCGGGGCUCAAACGUGACUCUGAUUGUAGCAUGUAUGGAAGCGGGUACGCCACCAUUCUGGGAUAACUUCACUCCUCUUUCCGUAAGCCAGCUCGCCACUUUGGCGAAGCAGCUGGAGGGUGAAGCGGCAGAUGCCUUUGAUACCAAGAUGCAAGGAAAUAUGUGGGACCAGACUACGCAGGAGAAAGAGUACUGCAAGGCAGCAGCUAUGGUUGGCCCCAACGCAGCGCCGAAGGGUUUGGAGAGGUUUGCGGAGAGGGCCAGGAAGAUGGUGGAGGAUGAUACGAUGGAGAUGAAUAUGGAGAAGGGCAUGUCGGGAUUAAUGGUGUGA